AUGACCAUGUCCGAUGUCUAUGUGUAUAAUGAUGGAAAUAAACUUGUUGAAGAUUAUGAUGAUCAACCAGCUGGUUUUGGUCCAGCAUUUACGUCUAGUGGCAUAACCGGUUAUGUGACCUUAACCAAUCCAAGAAAUGCAUGUACAAAAGUCGCACCGGUACCUAAUUUUCCAAUAUCUAAAUAUCGUUGGAUUGCAUUGAUUCCACGUACAAAAUCAGAAGAUACUUGUGAUUUUGAUCUUAAAGUAUUAAAUGCUCAAAAUGCAAAUUUCAGCGCAGUCAUUAUUUACAAUUAUGAUGAUUCACUUAUUAUAAUGAGUCCGCAUGGGAGAGAUAUUGAAAUACCUUCUACACUAAUAACUCAUUCUGAUGGAAUAUCUAUUAUUGCAAAUUAUGUCUAUAAUGAUUCAUUGACAAAUUCAACUCCACAAUUUCGUAUAAAAAUUAGUACAGAACAGUUAUUUCGAUUUGGUGCUUAUUUAAUACCAUUUAUUUGUAUCAUCAGUGUAUCGUUCAUUUCUCUUAUUGUUUUUGCGUUGGUUAGAUGUUAUAUACUACGACGUCGUUUGCGUCGUCAUCGUUUACCCCGUUCAGCACUGAAACAAUUACAAAUAAAAAAAUUUGUGAAAGGUGAUCGGUGGGAAGUUUGUGCUGUUUGUUUAGAUGAUUUUGAAGAGGGUGCAAAAUUACGCAUAUUACCUUGUGAUCAUGCUUAUCAUAUGAAAUGUAUUGAUCCAUGGUUAGUUAACAAUCGACGUCAGUGUCCAAUAUGUAAACGUUAUGUAUUUCCUAAUCAUGAUAACUCAGAUGAAGAGGAAAAUAAUGGCCCAACAAUUACAGAGCGUACACCAUUGAUACCAUCGUCUAGUGAUAAUUCAGUUUCAAUUCUUGCAAGAACGCAUCAAUCAGAGCGUCGAAUACUAAAUUCGUCGGGUAAUGCUAUCUCUAAUUUUACAUCAACGAACAUUAACGGAUCAUCCGAUUCAGAUGACGAUAAUGAUGAUGAUGGAUCGUCACCAUCAAGACGAACAACAACAAGUCGUAUAACUACUAAUGACCUUGUAUUCGAUCGUCCAUUAUUGACUUCAGAACGUUAUUCUGAUUCAAAAUUACCACGUGUUGCUUUACGUACAUCAAGCUCAGAAGAUAUUGUUGACAACAAUGCAACAACAAAUACCACAACAACAACAUACGAAAGUUUUCAUGACUCUUUAUCAGCGUCAUUCACAACACCACGUGCUGCUAAUUUUUUUGUCGGUUCAUCCGGUGGUACACUUGAUAAUACAAAUAUAUCAGCAAGUUCAGUGGUUGAAGAUAGUAGCAACAUUGAAACAGAUGAUACUGAUGAACGAAUGCAUUCGGUGUUGACUGACAUUGAGAUUAAUCAUGCUUAUGUUCCUGAUGAUGAAACAACAAGUGAACUACGAAUAAACUUGUAA